UAGAAAAUAUUGUGCAGGCAAUGGUGCGGAUGAGUGUAGUAACAUUUCACAACGAAUUUAUUGUGAAAUCAAGUCGAUUCGGGUUUAAAAGCACACCGCGGUAAGCCCAUCAUCACAUUCUACAAGUUGACAGAUACACUCAUAGUUGGUGUAAGUGUUUUUAAGUGUUUUAAUGUUAAUUUUCCUGUAAACUGAAUUUAAAUGAAUAAACCAAAAAAGGAAAUUUGCUCCAUUGCUAAAACUGUGAUACUUACGCAGAAAAAUUAUAAAACAGUGCUUAAAUUAUAUGAAGUUGUGUGCGUUUGUUGUUACAAUGAUUGGAAUCCGGGUGGUAAAUGCAGAGAUUUUGGAUUUGAAUUUGAUAAAGCCGCAAACAUCAUUUCCAACCUGUAUACGAAAAGUUCGGGCCAUAAAGGAAAAGUUGUUUUCGCUAAACUAAAUUGUUCACAAGAGCAAAUGAUUGCAAAUGAAUUCAAUGUCAAAAGCUGUCCAACAUACCUAAUAAUCAAAAACGAAAAACUCCUAAACGUGCAAUUUGGAAAUAAACCAGAAACAGCCGAGUAUUUUCUCCGAUUUGCCGAAAGGUACAUCAUAGGCAAGAAAAGAUUUCGAGAACGAGUUCCAGCUACAGUUUCAGCAGUGAAGCCAGUAAACAUUCUAACAGAACUUGUUACUCUUGACAAUUACGAAGAAACGAUAAAGCAAUACCCAUUUGUGUUUAUGAUGUUUUAUGCCAAUUGGUGUUAUGCAUCACAAGAUACACUGCAAAGUUUUGAGAGAACUGCAAUUGAGGUGACAAAAUAUUACAAUACCAAACGAAGAUAUAAAAAAAAUAGUUUAAUUAAAUUUGUAAGGCUGGAUGUUACCGACAACAAGAAAGCUGUUAAAAAGUUUGCAAUCCGAUAUUAUCCCACAUUCAAAUUGGUUAGACAUGGAAUUAUAGGUCCUAAUUAUGAAAAUAGAGGAGUUUGGGGAUUUCCUAAUGUCAUGCAUGAUAUGGUAGAUUUUAUAAAGAAAUGUAUAACAAAAGACGAGGAUGCAAUGAGAGAAAAACAGAAGGAAGCAAUGGCAUCUAGUGCAUUAAUUUCCGAUUAAACAUUUUAUUUAUUUCAAUAAUUUUCAACAAAUUUGUAAAUAUUUACAAAUAAAAUAUCUCUAUUUUUGUUCGUAUUUGAUAAAUAAAUGUUUCCAACGGAAUGACUAGCGUACUCUAUGUUCAGAAAACAAAUACUAACUCCGAUACUGCAUGCUGGGAUACUCUGGUAGUAUCAGUACAAAACGUGGUAAAAAAUAUUACGCAGGAAAUGGCACAUAUGAGUGUAGUAACAUUGCACAACGAAUUUAUUUUGAAAUCAAGUGGAUUCGGGUUUAAAAAGCGCACCGCGGUAAACUCGUAAUCACAUUCUACUAGUUGAUAGGUACACCGAUAGUUGGUGCAAGUGUUUUAAAGUUAUUUAUUCUGAAGAACUCAAUUAAAAUGAAUAAACCAAACAAGGAAAUUUGCUCCAUAGCUAAAACUGUGAUCCUCACACAAAAAAAUUAUAAAACAGUGCUUAAAUCAUAUGAAAUUGUGUGCGUUUGUUGUUACAAUGGUCGGUAUCCGGGUGAUAGAUGCAGGGAAUUUGGAUUUGAAUUUGAUAAAGCAGCAAACAUCAUUUCUACGCUGUAUACAAAAAAUUCGGGCCACAAAGGAAAAGUUGUCUUCGCUAAACUAAAUUGUUCCGAAGAACAAAUUAUUGCAAAAGAAUUCAAUGUCAAAGUCCGUCCAACAUACCGAAUAAUCAAAAACGAAAAACUCCUAAACGCGAAGUUUGAAAGGAAACCAGCAACAGCAGAGAAUUUUCUACGAUUUGCCGAAAAGUACAUCAUAGGCAAGAAAAGAUUUCGUGAACGAGUUCCAGCUACAAUUUCAGCAGUGAAACCAGUAAAAGUUCAAACAGAACUUGUUACUUUUGAGAAUUAUGAAGAAAUGAUAAAGAAGUACCCAUUUGUAUUUGUGAUGUUCUAUGCCAAAGACAGUUGCAAAUCAGAAGAUAUACUGGCAAGUUUCGAGAGAACUGCUAUCGAGGUGACAAAAUAUUACAAUACCAAACGAAAGUAUAAAAAAAAUGGUUUUAUUAAAUUUGUAAGGGUGGAUGUUACCGGCAACAACGAAGCUAUUAAAACAUUUAAAAUCAUAUAUUAUCCCUCAUUUGUAUUGGUAAGCCAUGGAAUUAUAGGUUCUAUUUAUGAACGAAGAGGAGUUUGGAGAUAUCUUAGUGUCAUGAAUGAAAUGAUAGAUUUGAUAAAGAAGUAUAUAACAAAAUACGAGGAUGCAAUGAAAGAAAAUCAUAAGGAAGCAAUGGCAUCUUGUGCAUUAAUUUCCGAUAUUUCAAUAAAUUGCGCAAUAUGACUCAAUAUGACCACACUCCCCACCAAAUAUCGAACUAGAAAUCAUCUGCUGCAUUCAGUGAAUUGCAACCAAAGCUAGUGUGUGCUGCUAGUCAUUAUUUAUUUGUAUAUAAACUACAACAAUGCGUGUUGUAAGAAGUGAACCAAGAGUUCAAACAAAAGCUCAAAGGCUUACACGAAAAUGGUACAAACCACUGAUCAACACAUAUGAUGUUGUCUGUAUAUUUUUCUACUUUGAUAAGUUUGAGGGCGAAGGCAGAGGAGACUUCGGCCAUGAGUAUGAUAAGGCAGCAAAUAUUCUUGCAAAUUUGUAUCCCAGGGAGCGCCAUCAAAAAGGACAAGCAAUAAUGGUUAAAGUGAAUUGUAGCGACGAGAGAGUAUUAUGUGAAAUGUUUAAUAUAUGGAGUUAUCCACGUUAUUGUAUAAUUAAAAACGGCGAACUAUUGGAGGCAGGUGAUCCCACUGAAAGAAACACUGAAUGUUUCUUACAAUAUGUUGAACAGUUCAUUGAUAACAAAAAGGAGCGACCUACAGAAGCAAAUAGAAGUCGAGUAGUUCGAUUUCCAAUAUUUUCGGAUAAAAUUACUCUAGCAAACUACAAAAAUUUUGUUUCUGGAUAUGACUUUGUGUUCAUAUUCUUUUAUGCAACAUGGUAUCAGUCUUGCAAGGAUGCAUUGCCAUUAUUUGAAAUGGCUAAUGAAGUAUUGUCAAAUACUUAUUUUACUACAUAUAAUUCUACUAAAUAUUCAGCGAAUCCACCGGUUUUAAGUCUUAUUAGAAUGAAUGCAGGAACUGAUCCAGCUAUUGUUAAAAAGUUUGGAAUACGUAAAUAUCCUACCUUUAAACUUGUAAUACAAGGUCGUGUAUGUGCAGAGUAUAAAUAUGAUGGUACUGUCGAGGGAUUUGUAAAUUUUAUUAAACAUUACAUCGAAAAAAGUAUGAAAAAUAUCUAAUAAAUGCUGUUUUAUAUCUGAUUUGGUGUUUUAAUGUAUGCAACCCGUUGUAUUUAACCUGCAACUUUGGGGGUCAUUCGAGGUGACGUUUCACUUCAAAUCAAAACAUUCCAUCUCGCCAAGAGACAAAAAAUGAUUUAUUUAUAAUAAAUCUGUAAUUAAAUCCGUGUUUUAGUAUUAAAUUCUUGCUGUUAUAAUAUUAAUCAAGUAUGGCGCAUACAAAAGAUGGCGUGGAUCAAAUCCAUCAAAAUUUAGAAGAUGAACUCGUGCAGGACAUUCUCAAAACAGGCACAGAUUUACGACAAUAUUCACGUGAAAUUGAGAAGGAACUUAAAGAAGUGGAGAAUAAAUCGAUUCAGGACUAUAUUAAGGAAGGACAGAACAUAGCCAGCCUUCACAAACAAAUUUCAUCAUGUGAUCAAAUCCUAGAAAGAAUGGAAGACAUGCUUUUGGGUUUCCAAAAGGAUUUGGGCAGUAUUAGUACAGAAAUACUAUCACUGCAAAGAAAAUCAAUUUCAAUGAGUCAAGAAUUGAGUAAUAGACAGAGUAUUAGAGGACAGUUGAGUCAAUUUAUUGAUGAUAUGGCUGUAUCAGAGACCCUCAUCAAUGGCAUCUUAGAAUGCCCAGUCACUGAUAAAGAAUUUCUUGGGCAUUUGCAAAUACUAAAUCACAAAAUAAAUUUCGUUAAGGAACAGUCAUUUAAAGAGUAUAAAUCUUGCUCAGAUGUAGGUGACAUCUUAGAGAAGCUUAAAAUUAAGGCCAUGUCAAAAAUUAGAGUUUACUUGUUAGAACAGGUUUUAAAAUUCAGAAAACCAAUGACAAACUAUCAAGUACCACAGAAUGCAAUGUUAAAAUAUAAAUUUUUCUUUGAGUUUAUUUUGUCCAAUGAAAGAAAUGUAGCACAGGAGAUUUGUAAUGAAUACAUGGACACAAUGAGUAAAAUUUACUUCUCAUACUUUAAAAGUUACUCAGGGAGAAUUAUGAAGCUACAAUUUGAAGAAAACACCACAAAAGAUGACCUAAUGGGCAUUGAAGAUACAGCAACCAGGAGUAUUUUUCACAAGAGUACUUUGAAACAUAAAGGUACCGUUUUUACGAUUGGAAAUCGCGGCGAUAUUCUGGCGCAACAAUUAGAAGCGCCUAUUAUCGUUCCACAUGCACAAUCUAAGAAUCGAUAUCACUUUGAAGCCCUCUUCCGGAGUGAACAGUAUGCAUUGGUUGAUAAUGCAUGUAGAGAGUACUUGUUUCUGAGCGAGUUCUUUAUUGUCAGGGGCACUGCUGCACUGGAUCUAUUUUAUCAAAUUAUGGGCAAAACAUUAACUCUACUUACAAAAAAUUUGGAAACAUUCGUCGCUGAUUGUUACGAUACAAUCGCACUUUUUCUUUGCUUUCAUCUAAUUUUACGAUAUCAACUCAUGUGCCACAAGCGCUGCGUGCCUGCUUUGGAUAAACACUGGGAAAGUCUACAAGCCAUAAUUUUACCUCGUUUUGAACAUGUUUUUCGAUUAAAUAUCAACAGUAUUCGCGAUUGUGAUCCUACAAAAUUCAACAGGGAAAUGGGUCCUCACUAUAUAACAAGAAGAUAUGCUGAAUUUAGCGCUGCGCUAGUUGGUAUAAGUGAAAAUUUUCCCAAUGAACUAGUAAAUCAACUGCUAGCAGAAUUACAAGAGGAAGUUGAAUUGUUCAUCCUACGCAUGGCUGGUAUCUUCCCACAGCGUAAAGAACAACUAAUUUAUCUCAUCAACAACUAUGACAUGAUCCUGAACAUUAUUAUGGAGCGCACUCGCGAUAAUUCAAAAGAAGCGCAAUCAUUCCGUACGCGUCUUACUAACAAAAGCACCGAAUACGUUGAAGAGAUUCUCAGUCCGCACUUUGGAGAGAUGAUGCAGUACGUUAAAGAGUGUGAGUAUUUCAUUGAAAAGAAUAAUACCGAUCAGCUGAAGAAGUACGAGACAAAAACCGCUGGUAUUGUGCAGAAUUUUUCCAACAACUGGAAGAAAAGCCUUGAGGAAUUGAACAGGGAAGUAUUGCUUAGUUUUCCCAACUUAGUGACAGGUUCCAGUCUAUUGCAAUUGGCACUUACUCAACUGGUACAGUAUUACCAUCGGUUUCAUAAGCUGUUGUCGCCGAAUGCUCGCACGCAACUGACGAAUAUUCAUCAUAUUAUGGUCGAGAUGAAAAAGUACAAGACUAAUUAUUGAAAUUAUUAUUUAAUAUUUAUACAUACAAAUAUUUAAUAUAUAAGAUGUGUGAAUGGCAA